GACCCUUUGGAAGGUCUCAUGAUUUCACAAUUAUAGGACUAUUGCAGAAGAUGUAUCCCAAGUUUGAAUUUGGUCUCUAGCCUCUCAAAAUAUUGUCUUUUCAUAAACCCCAUUAUCUUAAACCCUAGCUCACUUUUUCUGCCACAGGAAAUUUCCACCCAAUUUCUCUGGUGAAAAAUGAUUCACAACAUUCUUGGAACAUUGUUUUCAGCUAUAGAACAGUCAAUUUCACUCAGGGGUAAUAUGUUGCUUCUCGAUUGGCUGUGUUCGAUGGAGCUAGUGGGGUUGGGGCUAGUAAGAGGGAGGAAGCUUUGACAUGUAGAUUUGGCAAUCUAGCAUUCUCUUUUGAAGAAGAUUUUAAAUCAUUGUGAUAAAAUGGCCGGGGGGAGUCAAUCACGCCAAAAUGAAAAACCUUCAGUCAAUUACAGGCGUAAUCUACUUGAGGGGGCACUAUUUGAGCUUGCUGAUUUUGACCGAGAAAGUCAUGCUCCUGUUUCAUCUGAAAAUAAGGAGAACCCUAAAAGUUCUGAGUCUGGGUCUUCUGAGAUAAUGAGCACAAGUGAUCUCAUAUCAGCAAUUGGAACUAUAUGGAAUUCUACAGCCCGUCCUCUUACACGAAUCGUAUCCAAAUCAAGCUCUAGAUGCUAUAGCGCUGAUCACCGUGAAAACAACAUAUCUGGUUGCUCCGCCGCAGAUGAAAUUUCUAGUGCUUAUUUUUCAACUUAUGAUCACUCAAUCCCUGUCAAUGUGGAUAGUGAUACAGAUUCUUCACCGCCGGCGCUUGCAAAUGUGGAAUGUCUGACAGUAAACCAGAAAGUCUCAUUCUUUGGUCCUCUUUUAGGAAAUUCUCCUCUGUGGAAUCUACUCCGUGGUGGAUCUACCAUGCAUCCAGAAACUUGGAAAGCAAAAAAUCUUGCUGAUGAUUUACAUACUAUGUAUGAUUGGAUGCAUGAAAUAUCCUUACUGAAACUUAAGCACCACUUAAAUAGUGCUAAUACUGGAAUCCAUGAAAGCAGAAAAUGUGCCGACGAAGACACGACAAAGAGUCCUUCAAGUUACAGCACCGUUGCAGAUAUAGUAAAUGCUGAUUGCCAGACUGACAUGGAAAAAACGGCUGGUUCAUUGUUAGGUCAUAUUGUAAAAGCUCACGAGAUCGACAGGGUAUCAACCGGUAUUUCAUGUCUAAGGCACUAUAAUGAGGUUUCACCUGACAAAAAAUCAAACACGCUAGAGACUCUAUGUUCUAAAAAUAAUUCAGUUGUCCAUGAGUACUCUCUUCCUCCAAAUUGUCCUGCUAGUGUCCUCAACAAAAUUUAUGCUGAGGAUCACACAAAUGAUUCUACAACUAAUGAAAAAGUUGAACUGGAGGAUGAGCUGAAUUCUGAAGUACAGAUCUCCAUGGCAAAGGACAAACCUCGUUAUACACUUGCAAAACAAGAGCAUGCUUUUGCAGGAGCUAUGGCCGGAAUAUUUGUCAGCCUUUGUCUUCAUCCAGUUGACACAAUUAAGACUGUUGUUCAGUCAUGUCGUGGUGAUCAGAAACCUCUUUAUUAUAUAGGCAGAUCAUUUAUUUCUGAAAGAGGAGUAACUGCACUUUAUCGAGGAAUUUCUACCAAUCUUGCUUCGUCUGCACCAAUAUCUGGACUUUACACCUUUACAUACGAAUCAGUGAAAGGGGCCCUGAUUCCUCUUUUUCCCAAGGAAUAUCAAUCUUUUGCACACUGCUUCGCAGGGGGUUGCGCAAGCAUUGCCACUUCAUUUAUAUUCACUCCAAGUGAGCGUAUAAAGCAGCAGAUGCAAGUUGGUUCACACUAUAAGAACUGCUGGAAUGCCUUAGUUGAGAUUAUAAGAAGUGGUGGUUUGCCUUCACUAUAUGCUGGAUGGAGAGCUGUACUAUGCAGGAAUAUUCCACACUCAAUCAUCAAGUUCUAUACAUAUGAAAGAUUGAAGGAGUUGAGGUUUUCAUCUGUUCAACUGCGCAACCAAAAUGACACACUAAUGACGCUCGUAUGUGGCGGAUUAGCUGGAUCUACUGCUGCACUAUUCACAACUCCUUUUGAUGUCGUCAAGACAAGAUUACAGACACAGAUUCCUGGAUCUAGGAUUCAGUUGGGUGUAUUAGACACACUUAAAGAAAUAGGAACGCGUGAAGGUUUGAAGGGUCUUUACAGGGGCUUGAGUCCUAGAUUAGUCAUGUAUAUGACACAGGGAGCACUUUUCUUUGCAUCUUAUGAAUCUUUCAAGAAAUUAUUUUCUUUGGAGAUCCCUCAGCCUAAAGCCGAAAGAGUUGCAUACGAGCAAAGUUUGGAAGAUGAUUCUGCAUCAUUACCGUCACCAAACUAACGCAAGAAAAGAUCAGUUCGAGGUGGUGUAUCUUUCAGCAAUGUUCCAUAUGAGAAAACAUAUAACGUCAAGAUUAGCUUGUAUAUUUUCUCUCUGAGCUCGAGGUCUAAAUAGAGGAUGAAGGAAUUUGAAGUGUUAACCAUCGACUGGUUCUCUUAACGCUUCAUAGAAACGGGCUAGUUGAUCAUCCACUGAGUUUCGAAGCAUGUGUCAGCUAGCCCUCGGGGAUUUCUUGAUUAUCGGAAAGAACAUGUGAAGCAUUUUUGUAAAGUUGUAGAAAAUGAUAGGGGAAAUUGAGAGGAUAUAGGGAUGCCUAAUUUUGUAUGAUGUAAUUAUGAUAUAACACUAAUAUAGGCGAACCCAACUGGUCUGGGAUUGAGGCAUAGUUGAUUAAUUAAUUGAUUGUAAGAAUAAAAUUUUUGUUUUCCGGUGA